CUCCAGGUAUGUGUACAUUCCAGUGGGUGGGUCCCAGCAUGGCCUGCUGGGGACCCUGUUUUCCACAGCGAUGACAUUUGCAUUUGUAAGCUACUGGCAUGGUGGCUACGAUUACCUCUGGUGCUGGGCAGCUCUCAACUGGCUGGGAGUCACUGUGGAGAAUGGAGUCCGGAGACUUGUGGAAACCCCUUGCAUCCAGGACAGUUUGGCCCAAUACCUCUCCCCAGGAGCUCAGCGUCGAUUCCACGCUGUGCUUUCAUCCUGUUCGACCUCGAUCCUGAUCCUGUCCAACCUGGUGUUUCUUGGAGGCAAUCAAGUUGGGAAAACCUACUGGAAUAGAAUCUUCAUACAAGGCUGGCCAUGGGUGACCCUCUCUGUCCUUGGAUUCCUGUACUGCUACUCUCAUGUAGGCAUUGCCUGGGCUCAGACCUAUGCUGUGGACUAA